UCUCAUUUGUCUCUUCUUCUUCACUCUCUCCUUCUUUCCCCUGAGUCCCUGACGCAGUACUCUCAGUCUCCGGCGCCUAAAUCUUGCGUUCUCCGUCGUUUUUCUCUGUUGAAAAUGAGUUCUAGGGCUGGUCCAAUGUCUAAGGGAAAGAACGUUUCUCAGGGUGGUUCUAAGCCUGAGGUUGAACAGUUGGUGCAAGGUUUGACAGGGACGAAACUGGCUCCUUCACAAGAUGAUGGAGGAGAAUGGGAGGUCAUUUCCAAGAAGAACAAGAACAAACCUGGUAACACUUCUGGAAAAGCUUGGGUUUCUCAGAAUUCGAACCCUCCUAGAGCUUGGGGUGGUCAGCAACAAGGGAGAGGUAACAACGUAGCUGGGAGAGGUAAUGGCAAUGGUCGGGGCACUCAAGCUAACAUAUCUGGUCGGGGACGAGCGUUGAGCAAAAAGUAUGAUAACCACUUUGUGGCACCCCCACCUGUAACUCGCCCCCCUUUGGAAGGUGGAUGGAAUUGGCAGGCAAGAGGAGGUUCUGCUCAGCACACAGUUGUGCAGGAGGUUCCUAACAUGGAGGAUGAUCUGGAUAAUGCUUCUGAGGAAGAGAAUGAUUCCAAUGCUUUGGAUGAUUCUGAUGACGACCUUGCAAGUGAUGAUUAUGACUCGGAUGUGAGUCAACAGAGCCAUGGAUCACGAAAGCAGAAUAAGUGGUUCAAAAAGUUCUUCGACAGCUUGGAUAGCUUGUCGAUCGAGCAGAUAAAUGAACCGCAGAGGCAGUGGCAUUGUCCAGCUUGUCAGAACGGACCUGGUGCCAUCGACUGGUAUAACCUGCACCCUCUACUAGCUCAUGCGAGGACAAAAGGAGCUAGGCGAGUUAAGCUCCAUAGAGAAUUGGCUGAAGUUUUAGAAAAGGAUCUACAGAUGAAAGGCGCAUCUGUCAUUCCUUGUGGUGAGAUUUAUGGGCAGUGGAAGGGUUUGGGUGAGGACGAGAAGGAUCAUGAAAUUGUCUGGCCUCCAAUGGUCAUCAUCAUGAAUACUAGACUGGACAAGGACGAUAAUGAUAAGUGGCUCGGCAUGGGCAACCAAGAGCUGCUGGAAUACUUCGACAAGUAUGAGGCUCUUAGAGCACGCCAUUCCUAUGGUCCACAGGGCCAUCGUGGGAUGAGUGUUCUGAUGUUUGAGAGCAGUGCCACUGGGUAUUUGGAGGCCGAACGCCUCCACCGGGAGUUAGCUGAGACAGGGUUAGAUAGAAACGCCUGGGUUCGUCGGCGUGGUAUGUUUUCUGGAGGUGUUCGCCAACUGUAUGGCUUCCUUGCAACCAAGCAAGAUCUGGACAUAUUCAAUCAACACUCUCAAGGCAAAACAAGGCUGAAAUUCGAGAUGAAAUCUUACCAAGAGAUGGUUGUAAAGGAGCUGAGGCAGAUCUCUGAGGACAAUCAGCAGCUGAACUACUUUAAGAACAAGCUCUCAAAACAGAACAAGCACGCCAAGGUUCUUGAGGAAUCUCUGGAAAUUAUGAGCGAGAAGCUGCGUGAAACUGCAGAGAAUUAUCGUAUAGUGAGACAGAGAACAAAGAUGCAGCAUGAACAGAACAGAGAAGAGAUGGAUGCACAAGACAGGUUUUUCAAGGAUGAAAUCAAACAGAUACAUAAGAAAAGAGAUGCAAAGGAGGAGAAUUUCGAGAUGUUGCAGCAGCAGGAACGUGCCAAGGUUGUUGACCAGCAGCAGAAGAACACCAAUCCCUCUAGCAACGACGAUUUCCGAAAAAGAGCUGAGGAAGUGUCAAGCUUCAUCGAGUUUCAAGAGAAAGAGAUGGAGGAGUUUGUGGAGGAGAGGGAGAUGCUGAUAAAAGAGCAAGAGAAGAAGAUGGCAGACAUGAAGACGAGGCACUACGAGGAGAUUCUUGAUCUGGAGAAAGAGUUUGAUGAGGCUUUGGAACAGCUCAUGUACAAGCAUGGCCUUCACAAUGAAGAUGAUUGAGACAAAGGAGGUCUGGUACACAAGACAAGACUAAGUUUCUUUGUUAUGCUUUUACUAUGUCGGCAAAUAGGAGAUCUGAGAGAGACUCCAUUUUAUUAGGACAAAAAUCUAAGGAGAUUACAGACUAUUAUUCUCCAAUUCUUAGUAGACGGCUCUAAGGAAGCGUUAAGUUCUUGUGACUAAAACCAAGUUUCCUUAGUA